AUGAGGUAUGACCAGUACAUGGAGGAGGUAAAGAAGAGCAACUUGAAUGCACAGAGAGCAAAGAAGAGAGCAGGAAUACAAGAGGACAUUACUACAGCUGAAAAGAAGAUGAAGCUUGUGGAUGACACAAUACAGACUCUCCGAAAGGAAGCUGACCAGCUAGCCAAGGAUGCUGAGAAGAAACAGGACUUUACACUGCUGUCAAAAUCAAAUGCCUUUCGGAAGAAGGCAACUGAGAAACAAGAGGAACACAAAUCCCUGAAGAAGAAAAUCCAGCAGCUGCGGGACAAGCUUAAGGAGAUGCUUUUGGCUGAUUUCACCUCAGCCACAAUCCUGAUUUCGUUUGGUGCUGUGUUGGGCAAGACAUCCCCUCUUCAGCUUAUCCUGAUGGCCUUCUUCGAGGUCAUCUUCUCCCUCGUCAACGAGUUCAUUGCCGUCGAAUAUCUUGGUACUACCGAUAUUGGUGGAUCGAUGUACGUACAUACAUUUGGGGCUUACUUUGGUCUAUCUGUCUCCCUAUUGGUUACUCGCCAAGCUGGUCGUGAAAGCCCGAAAGAGGGAGCCGUUUAUCACAGUGAUCUCUUCGCCAUGAUUGGAACCCUAUUUCUGUGGAUAUUCUGGCCAAGCUUCAACAGCGCCCUCGGCGACGACGACCAGCGCCACCGUGCCGUCCUCAACACCUACUUCUCCCUCGCUGCAUGCUGUGUCACCACGUUUGCCAUCUCCAGUUUGCUCAGCAAGAAAGGAAAGUUCGACAUGGUCCACGUUCAGAAUGCUACUCUCGCCGGAGGUGUUGCCGUUGGAACUGCUGCCAAUUUGAUGAUCCAGCCAUGGGGUGCGAUCCUUAUCGGAGUGGUCGCUGGUGUCCUUUCUACCUUCGGAUACAAAGUCAUCCAGCCAUUCCUCUGUGAGAAGUUUGGUCUCCAUGAUACCUGUGGAGUACACAACCUCCAUGGCAUGCCUGGUAUCCUAGGAGGACUUGGUGGAAUCGUUGCUUGUGCUCUUGCUUCUGAAGCCGUUUAUGGUGAUAGUCUUCCGGAUGUCUUCGGCGAUCGCUUCGAGGAUCCCCCAGCAGAUUCAACAGCCAAAGCACCCAUCGAGGUCCGCGAUGCUGGUCAACAAGCCCUGAUGCAGCUUGCAGCCUUAGUCAUGACCCUCGCCAUAGCCAUCGUCUCAGGACUCUUCACAGGUCUUAUUCUCCGCUGUGUCCCAGGCCUAGACGCUCUUAGCGAUGAGAAAGUGUUCGAGGAUGAAUAUUUCUGGGAGGAGGUGGAGGCCGCUGAUUCGAGCCAUGCAACUACUGGAUAUCAUAUGGUUCAGCAGAGGGCACCAGCGGAGGUAGAGGCCGAAGAGGGCACCCCACACACGGAAACCUACACCAAAAAUGGCAAGCAGGAGGGAGAAGCUCAAGUGUAAACUGUACUUACUUUUUAGUCCACUGAUGUCUUCCUUGGCGAGCAAUGUGGCAUCAUCAUUCCGGAAGACCGAAAUGGCGAUAUUGAGUCAUUUUUUCGAUGUUAAUAAUGAAGCCUCAACAGUCACUCCACUUUGACUAAGUACUUUUCCAGCCUCUAGAAAGCAUUAUUUUUUUAUUAUUAUUAUUAUUCUGAAAUGAAUACAUCAGAGGACUAAAUUCAAAGAAUUAAAAAAAAAGUUUUGUUGCUGAAGUUGUCGAUAAUUAUGUAGCUUUAGAAUUGCGAUACAAUUCUUUACCGCGUUAAUUAUUGUUAUGCGCUUGCGCAGAACAACUUUUAUUCGUCUUAAUUUGUCUAUUGGGCGUGCGAGAUAAACGCACCGCAGCUGCACCGGCCGCCAAAUAUAUAUGCCAAAAAUAAAGAUUGGCUCUCGUUUUAGUGACAAUUUCUAGAUAUUUAGCAUGGAUAGACAUAGAUUAACAACUGGAUCUGAUAUUAAGUCUUGAAAUCCGGCUGAUACGAGUUACAGAUUGUUUUCUUAUAGGAUAAAUUGGUGGUGUGUUUUUUAUCUAUUGCACUUUUGUAUAUAGUUUGCACAAUGUUUUUAUUAGUUGUGUAGCCGCACCGACAGACCGAUUAGAGUUUUUGUAUCAACAAAUGAGCGCGAUGCUCAUUUGCAUAUGAAUUAGAAUCCAUACUUAGAAUAGAUUCACACCUUGUUAUAUUAACCAUUGAGUUUUGAAGAUACAUUAUUAUCAGAAAUUUAUAUGAACACUCCAAUAGUAGACCUUGUGCAUUGACGACAUCGAGCCACCAUCUCAGAGGCUGAAGCAACUUGCACAUUAGUGAUCUGCAGCUAGCGCGUUUCUGACAACUCCGUUUACGCGUAUUCCUAUAUCCUCUGAAGGAGGGCGCUAUGAAAUUAUGACGUCAUAUGCUUAAGGUCUAUCGGAUACUGUAAUUGUGAUUUUCUCAUUAAUUACCCAAUGUUGGUUAUGCCAGUCACUGCGGUGAAACCGAUUCCAGUCAGACCAUAUAUAUUGCGUUAUUUUCGAUGACAGUAUCGGUCGGUGUGGAGUCGUAUUCGUUGGUGUGGCUGUAUCAUUAGGCAUGUUAAGUGGAAGAGUGAAUUAUUCCAUGAUAAGCGUGUGACGUAUGAAAUAACCCUACUGGUAAGAACACAGCGCCCCACAGUGUGUGUCACAGUGUGGAACACAAUGUGAAAUCACCUUUACACUCUUAAAUUUGAGCACAGUAGACCAUGUGAACACGCUUUGAACAGUCACACUGUCGAGGUGUCCACAGUGUGAAAAUAUUUUCACAGCGUUGGAAUUUGAGCAUUUUAACAAUGUGAAUAAUAUUUUCACAUAGUCCACUGUGAUCACACUGUGUUUUUUUCCAGCAGGGAUUAAUUUUUCAAAAUUGUAUAUUAUUUACUAACAAAUCAAUUCAGAUAUUCAAAUAACAUCAAUAUUUAGCCUUUGAUUUGUACUUUUUAUACGUUUGAUGUAUAUCGUAUAUAUUGUACCAUUAUAUGAAACUACAAAUGAAGUACGGUUAAAAUUAGACAUUUGUAUGUUUGCCUGUUUCUAAAUUGAUAUUUUCUUGUUGAUGCUACACUCAGGGGUACAGCAUGUGUGUCCAUUUGGUAGUACAUUAUAAAAUAUCAUGUUUGAGGAGUUAUUAACUGAAAUGAUAUAUACUUCCAAAGUGCCUUUUAUCAUGUGUGCGAGCUUUAAUCUUUUACUGCUGGUAUAUCUUCUUAUUCUUUUAAUUAUUGUUAUUUUGGGGGAGGGGCAAAGAAUCGACUCCCAAUUUCAACGUGGUAAAAGCCUGGGAUAAGAAAUGGGUAACAAAUCUUUAUCAACUGAGAUCGAUUUAUCAUCAAUCGGUGUAUAUAUACCCACUCUUCAAAUAUCCGACAAUGAUAUUGCAACCAUUUAAUUAAUUUGGUCUGUGAAUCCAUUGAUUAUAUCAUCAAAACAAAUGUUUAACACGUGUGCUAUGUCAUGUAUGUGUCAAGUUCGUAACAAGUUUGAUUAAUCGUUGGAAACGUUUGCAUGAUUCUAUACACACUGUAAUUAGUGGUGUAAUUUCUGUACGCUUUUAUUGAAACUUCCGUAAAAGGGCGCUUACUCAUGAAAUAAUGUCAUCGAAUCUGGCAGCUCAAUAUUUUUUUUCAAUCAGUAAUACAUCUUCAAUACAUUGUUAGAUUCUUUCAUGAGACGAUAGACAUGAUAGAUAAAGAAAAAAAAUUAAGUCCUUUUCUACUGCAUGGGAUAUCUUCGACGUCCUGUGUUGUGGGGGUGUCAGAAAGUACUCGAAUCACAUAUUGUCACAUUUUUACUAUUUUCUUGCUAAAUAGUGGCUGCUUACUGUGAAUAUGUAUAUUUUUUGUGUAUUCUAUGUAUUUUGGUAUUUUUUUCUUGAUAUUACCCUUGUUUAUAAAAAUAUAUGCAACUGGAGUUUUGAUAAAUGGCUUAUUGUAUACAAGCAAUAAAACAUAUACAAUAUUUACCUUUUUAA